AUGUCACUAUUACAAGGACCGGAAAGCCCAUUAUUCGUACCCAGGGUGGCAGGACAUACCGCAACGGUCUUUGGUGCGACUGGAUUCCUCGGACGUUAUAUUGUGAACAGACUCGCAAAACAAGGAUGCACUGUUAUCGUUCCUUUCCGGGAAGAAAUGGCCAAACGUCAUUUGAAGGUUUCCGGUGAUUUGGGUAGAGUCAUAUUCAUGGAAUACGACUUGAGAAAUACUCAAUCUUUGGAGGAAAGUGUUAGGCACUCUGAUGUAGUCUACAACCUUGUUGGACGUAAUUAUCCCACCAAGAACUUCGAUCUCGAGGAUGUACACGUUGAAGGAGCGGAGCGAAUUGCAGAUGCCGUUGCCAAAUAUGACGUGGAUAGAUUCAUCCACGUUUCUUCCUACAAUGCGGACCCUAAUUCACCCUCCGAGUUCUACAGAACGAAGGCAAGAGGUGAGGCAGUCGUACGCAGUAUAUUCCCAGAGACCACAAUUGUGAGACCUGCUCCAUUGUUUGGUUUCGAGGAUCGUCUUCUCCACAAACUUGCAGGAUUCACCAAUGUCCUUACAUCUAACCACAUGCAAGAGCGUUAUUGGCCAGUCCACGCACCUGAUGUAGGCCAAGCACUUGAGAAAAUGCUUCAAGAUGACAAUACUGCGUCCCAAACAUAUGAGCUCUAUGGCCCCAAGAAUUACUCAACAGCCGAAAUUGCUGCCUUGGUGGAUAGGGAAAUUAACAGCCGUCGCCGACAUAUCAACUUACCAAAGAAGAUCCUCAAGCCAAUUGCUGAAGUCUUGAACAAAGCUCUUUGGUGGCCUGUUCUCUCUGGCGAUGAGGUUGAGCGGGAAUUCAUUGACCAAAAGAUUGAUCCUUCCGCGAAGACGUUCAAAGACCUUGGAAUCGAGCCAGCAGAGCUCAGUAGUCUUACUUUCCACUACCUAUUGGGAUACCGAAGUGCUGCAUUUUACGAUUUGCCCCCAUCAACGGAGCGUGAGAGGAGGGAAGAGAAGAAAUAUUUGCAUGUCCUUGAUGACCAGUAG